AUGCAUGGUGUGUUGAGAGACCUGCAUUUAGACCUGGGAGCUGAAGCCCUGAUGGGUGGGAAGUACUCUAGUGGAUGGCACUGGAAGAUAGAUCCGGGCUGUGACCUCGGGCAGGUGACCAACACUCAGAUAUUCCAGCUUCAGUUUCAUACUGGAUUCAUUCCACUGGACACAACAGUUUUAAAGUUCACCAAGCCUGAGUUGGAUGCAUGUGAUGUACCAGAAAAAUAUCCUCAGCUAUUUCAGGUGACUCUGGAUGUAGAACUACAGCCCCAUGACAAAGUGAUAGACUUAACCCCCCCAUGGGAACAUUACUGCACAAAAGAUGUCAACCCCAGCAUCCUCUUCUCUUCUCACCAGGAGCAUCAAGAUACUCUAGUCUUAGGAGGACAAGCUCCAAUAGACAUCCCUCCAGACAACCCCAGACAUUUUGGGCAAGGUGGCUUCUUUUCCACUCUCUGUUGGCAAGAUCAGAAAUCGGAGAAAUCAUUCUGUGAGGAAGACCACGCUGCCCUGGUGAAUCAGGAAAGCGAGCAGUCGGAUGAUGAACUUCUGACCCUUUCCAGCCCACAUGGCAAUGCCAAUGGCGACAAACCUCGUGGAGCCAGGAAGCCCAGCAAAAAGCAGCAGGAGCCAGCUGCCCCGCCACCCCCUGAGGACGUGGACCUUCUGGGUCUAGAAGGGUCUGCAGUGAGUAAGAACUUCUCUUCACCGGCGGCCCCUCCCACCAAUUCCGAACUUCUGAGUGACCUGUUUGGGGGUGGAGUUGCAGCCGGCCCUGCCCGGGCUGGACAGUCAGGGGUGGACGACGUGUUUCAACCGAGAGGACCUACGUCUACCCAGUCAACACCGCGCCGGUCCACCACCUCCACCUCCGCGUCUCCAACACUGAGAGUAGGAGAAGGUGCCACCUUUGACCCAUUUGGAGCACCUUCUAAACCAUCAGGUCAAGAUUUGCUGGGUUCUUUUCUGAACACAGCCAGUGCUUCCAGUGACCCCUUUCUUCAGCCUACGAGAAGUCCUUCACCUACAGUGCAUGCUUCUAGUACACCUGCUGUGAACAUUCAGCCAGAUGUUUCAGGAGGUUGGGACUGGAAUACUAAACCAGGAGGUUUUGGAAUGGGAAGCAAGUCAGCUGCCACCAGCCCAACAGGCUCGUUGCAUGGUACUCCCACCCAUCAAAACAAGCCCCAGACUCUGGAUCCUUUUGCCGACCUUGGGACAUUAGGUGGUUCUUCAUUUGCCAGCAAACCCUCCACACCAACUGGAUUGGGUGGAGGAUUCCCACCUCUCAGCUCGCCACAGAAAGCAUCUCCCCAGCCCAUGGGUGGAGGGUGGCAGCAGGGAGGUGGCUACAGCUGGCAGCAGACACAGUCUAAGCCACAGUCCAGCAUGCCCCACUCCUCCCCCCAGAACCGACCCAACUACAACGUGAGCUUCUCAUCCGCGCCUGGGGGCCAGAACGAACGUGGGAAAGGAGCAGCUAACUUGGAAGGGAAACAAAAAGCAGCUGACUUUGAAGACCUACUCUCUGGUCAAGGUUUUAAUGCUCACAAAGACAAAAAGGGCCCUCGAACAAUAGCUGAGAUGAGAAAGGAGGAAAUGGCUAAGGAGAUGGAUCCUGAGAAAUUAAAGAUUCUGGAAUGGAUUGAAGGCAAAGAGAGAAAUAUCAGAGCACUUCUGUCCACGAUGCACACCAUGCUAUGGGCUGGGGAGACUAAGUGGAAACCAGUUGGCAUGGCAGACCUGGUCACACCAGAGCAGGUGAAGAAGGUGUACAGGAAGGCUGUGCUGGUGGUGCACCCAGAUAAAGCUACUGGGCAACCUUAUGAACAGUAUGCAAAGAUGAUUUUCAUGGAGCUCAAUGAUGCCUGGUCUGAAUUUGAAAAUCAAGGCCAAAAGCCCUUGUAUUAAUUUAUGAGCUUUUCCAUCUCUGCUGCAGACCUGUGCUAAUGCUUAGUGUGUGUCACAGUUCUGAGGUUUUCACAGGUGAACCAAAAAACUCCAGCAACGUGUAUCCAGUACUUAACUGUUAAGUCACUCGUAAAUUAAUUCCUCAUUGAUAAGGAAUGUGGAUGUUUGUUUCCUCAGAUCCCCACCAUAAAAGGUCCAAAGCAGGAGAGGAACUUUUAGUCAGAUGAGCUUGCAGAGUUUUACAGCAUUCCAGCCUGCCCUUUGGGGAGCCUACUCAGCGUUUUGUGGGGGAAUGGAAAAUAGAGGCCACCAAAGGCAUAGCACCCAUCUCAGUGUCCGAGGAUAGGAUGAUGAGCAAAAGUUAUAAUAAUAAGAUUACCUGGUGGACUUAAAUGGUUUUCAUAUUUUCUUGGAAAGAUAUAAUUUGAGCAAUGGCUUUGCAUAGACUCCAGGAACACAAGCACCAAGUAUCUUUUUCAGUGGAAAUUUACCAUGGUCUCUAGCAUAAUACUAUAUACUUCUUUUGGUCAAGAGGACUAACAGAUGUAAAAGAACCUGAAUUACGUGGGAAGUGAUUAUAUUAUAAUCCAGUGAUUACUACCAAUGCUUCCUGGAUAAGCUAAAAUUUCGUGAAAAUGCUGCUUAAAGAAAAAUAGGGACUCUGAGAGUGUAGAAAUCUGUAUUCCUGCUCAGAAAGUUGGGCUGCUACCUUCUUUUCCCUUUAGAAAACUGGAUGCUUGAAGAAAAAGUCUUAAUACCAUAACAACAACCUGAUUGGAAAGAAACUUCUAAUUUUGCCAUUAGGCUUAAUGCUCUUCCUUUUGCUUAGCAGAGAAAAUGCUCUUUGCUGGGAGCAGGUUGUGAAGCAGUUUGGCGCAUUCACAGUCGAUCAGGAAGCAUGUGUAGUAUGGACCCCCUUGUCCUCCAGGUUUGUGAGUAGCUGUGGGACAAGAAUAGACGACAACACUAACCACUAGUAACCAGACAGGGGCAGUUGCAGCGAGAGAGCUGAGCUCCCUUCAGACUGAGUCCGAUGGCUUGUCAGGACUGGCUUUUUGAGGAACCAGGUUCCUUUUCCCACCUGAUGAAAUUGGACCCCUUGGAUUAUUACAGUGGGGUUUACUGUUUGAAAAGUUGCUGGGGGUCCACAGGAACAACAGUCACACAGGGACAUCUGUGAAAGUAAAGCAAGACUGAAACCUUUGCAGACUUCAGACCGGUUGGAUUUCAGUUCAGUGUUUUGGCUGUUUCUCAUUUUAAGGGGCAAGCAGUUGUUAUUAUCCUGUGACUUUAGUAGAUCUCUUUGGGUGUGCACACACACAGUGUGCAGAGGAUAUAUAUGCAAAGCAGAUGGCAAAAAAGAUCUCCAUGCUAGUCUUAAAAGGUUCGUGCUCAGUAUGGUAAAAAGCUUUCAAAACUUGUUUUUAAAAGACAAUCAUUUUUUUGUUUCUAUUUUCAUUUUCUUGUGGCAGACUGUACCAGAAAAGCAGCAUGUCAAAAAUACUUUAUGUUCUGUAUACAACUCUCUUGUUCUUUCUCUUCUCUUUCUCCUUUUCUUCCUUUCUUCCUCCCUCCCUUCCUUCCUUUCUUUCUUCCUUUCCUUUCCUUUCUUUCUUUCUUUUUUUGUUAUAAAGAUUCAUUAUUUAUUUUACCUUUUGCUGACAAUGUGAAACUCACCUAAAAUGUUCUCUUUUUAAAUAUACAGCUGUAAACUGUUCAAAGUAACCAUAAAAAACUAGGUGUUAUUUAUUAACAUAUUAUAAAAUAAUGUUUGAUGCAGUAUGUGCUUGUCUUAUUUAAAACUGGAAUGUGAGACAUGUUGCUGUGACUUUUUUCUCAUUCACAUUUGUAGAUAUUGUGUGAACUACAGUAUAUAAUGAUAAUAAUUAAAAGGAUAUUAUGUGAAUGUCACAUACAUUUUGAAAUGAUAGAACUAUAUUAGCUUUGUAUCAUGUUUGGAUAAUUCAUCAAUAUUCACAGUUUAAAACAUCAUUAAACAUUAUGUAAUUAGCAAUGAGAAAGAAUCUUACCUAACUUAAAUUUGGGAUGUUCCCUAUCUCUUUUCCGGAUACAUUAUAGUUCUGGACCCCUCUUCAUCUCAAAACUCUUAACAUAUGCAGACCAACAGGUUUUCGCAUUCCUUUUAAAUAUCUGGUUGUGACAGAGCUCGUUGUUGAUCAGAUUCACUGUUUCGUUCAUAUUUAUUGUAAUAUAUUUUUUGUUUUGUAAAUAUGUUACACCAACAAAAUGUGAUUGGUCUAAAAUAUUUGUAAUGUAUAUUAAAAGGCUCA